AUGGCCUUCCAACUGUCUGUUUCUGGUCUUUCGGGCAAAGCAUACAACGCCGCACAAGCAUCGAUGAAGUCCGUCCUUGACGUCGCAGAGAACUUUGAGAAGCAGUGUGGGGGAGCUCUCGUAAGGGCGCAUGAUAGCCUCAGCAGUAGCAGCAGUGUGGAUUCUGAGGAGUACGAGUCUCGUGCCAGACCAAAGCAAGGAGAAGAAAGACAAACAUACAAAGUCGCGAAGCUGCGAGCAAAGAGAGACGACGACGUGUUACCGAGAAAACAGCAAGAACUGAAUGAACAGACGAGGAAGAGACUCGCGCAAGAGCGAAAGGGAAGAGGAAGGGCAAGACGAUAUUCAAGCGAAGACGAAGACUCAUCCGCGCAUUCCUCUUCGCCUUCACCUUCCACCACGACCUCCGAAAUGGCAACAGAAAUAGCCAGUGACACCGAGGACGAAGCCAAAUACCCGCCAAUCAAGCUGCUCUCUGUAUCAAGCACAACCUCAAUCUACAACUCGCUCCGCGCAGCGACAACGGAUUCUGGCGAAACUAGCUCGGAAGGCGAAGAAAGUGAUGUGAUUGAACGCCGCGAGAAGAACGCAUUGCGGCGGCGGAAAGCGAGACAGAAGAAGCGGAAUGCGUGGAAGAGGGAAGAGCUAGAGUCGGAGAGCGAUGCAGAAACGGAAGUGAAUAUUGUUGAGAAGAUGGAGGAAGAGAAGAUGCCUGUGUUUACGGAAAGUGACUGUGGAAGGGAAGUCACAGUAGAUUUCUUUCCGAUAGCAUGGUGA